CCCCACCCCUGCCAGUACAGAGUCAAUCCCCACCCCCAGUCCCACCCCUACCCCCUUGGGCGUAGAUCCGAUCGCAGCUCCUCCAGCCAUGGACCACGCAGAGUUCCGGAGGAUGGGGAAGGAGAUGGUUGAUUACAUCGCUGACUAUAUGGAGGGGAUCGAGAAGAGACCCGUGUUUCCCAGCGUGAAGCCUGGAUAUCUACGAGAGAUGAUCCCAGACGCGGCACCGCAGGACCCAGAGAGCUGGCAGGAUGUGCAGGCCGACAUCGAGCGUGUCAUCAUGCCCGGGGUGACAUUUUGGCACAGUCCACACUUCCAUGCCUACUUCCCCUGCGCCAACUCCUACCCCGCACUCCUGGGGGACAUGCUGUCUGGGGCCAUCGGCUGUAUAGGCUUCUCCUGGGCUGCCAGCCCUGCCUGUACAGAACUGGAGACAGUGGUGCUAGACUGGCUGGGGAAGAUGCUGCAGCUGCCGGAGUGUUUCCUGGCUGGAACAUCGGGGGAGGGGGGCGGUGUUAUACAGGGCACAGCUAGUGAAGCAACACUAGUAGCCCUGCUUGCCGCCCGCUCCAAGGCUGUGCAGAAGUUUAAAACAGACCGUCCGGAGAUGUCCGACCAUGACAUCAUGGGCAAACUGGUCAUCUACACGUCUGAUCAGGCCCAUUCCUCAGUGGAGCGGGCGGCCAUGUUGGGUGCUGUCAGGUGCAGGAAGCUGCAGACUGACGAGGACCUCGCGCUGAGGGGAGCGGUACUGCAGGCUGCUAUACAGGAGGACAGAGCUCAGGGACUUCUGCCUUUCUGUGUGGUUGCUACGCUGGGGACCACACCCUCCUGUGCCUUCGACAACUUACAGGAGCUCGGACCCGUCUGUCGUGAGGAGUUCAUGUGGUUGCAUGUGGACGCGGCGUACGCCGGCAGUGCCUUCAUCUGUCCCGAGUACAGACCACUGCUGGAUGGGGUGGAGUUUGCAGAUUCCUUCAACUUUAACCCCCACAAGUGGAUGAGGGUGAACUUUGACUGCUCAGCCAUGUGGAUUCGGAACCGAUCAGACAUCGUGGACGCGUUCAACUUGGAUCCGCUCUACCUCAAACAUGACAACCAAGGUUUGGUGACUGACUACAGGCACUGGCAGAUCCCGCUAGGGCGGCGCUUCCGCUCGCUGAAGCUGUGGUUUGUGUUGCGCAUGUUUGGGGUCAAAGGUCUUCAGGACCACAUCAGGAAGCAAGUCGGGCUGGCUAAGGAGUUUGAGGCCCUUGUAAGAAGCGACGAGAGGUUCGAGGUUACAGCUAAGGUGGUGCUGGGCCUUGUCUGCUUCAGACUCAAGGGCUCCAAUGACCUUAACGAGCUGCUACUUAAGAAGAUAAACGAUGGGAAGAAGAUCCACCUGGUCCCGUCCCAGGUGAGAGGAGCGUACUUCCUGAGAUUUGCCGUCUGCGCCGCCACGACCGCGUCUCAGGACGUCUCCUACGCCUGGGAGAUUAUCUGUCAGCUGGCUGGCGACGUCUUACAGGGGGAAAACAGCGAAAGCAACAAAGAUGGUGAAAAACAGGCGGCGUAACUUUUAAAAUUGGCAUUAAACGGGAGGCAGCAAAAUUAACUUUUUGGUCCUUUGAACUGUUUGUGAGUGUUUUCAGUGGGCGGCUGACAUUUCACAGGGAGAAAAAAAAAAAAAAAAGAGGAAAACUGGCAGCAUAACUGUUAAAAUUGGCAUGAAAGGGGAGGAAGAAAUCUUCAUGUUUUGGGUAUUUUGAACUUAUGGUUUAUACAUGUAUCUAACUUUAUAUGUAUAUAAAGGCUACUGACCACUGAGCGUUUACUGUAGGAUAGGGUAGGUUUGUUUGGACGGCAGUUUGUUCCACAUCUCCCUAUCCUGACUCGAGCCGAGAAUAAAGGAUGGUUUACCUGAAUUAAAGAUUCAUGAUUCAAAGGACCAAAAACUGAAUUUUAUUGCCCCCCCCCCUUAACACUUUAUCUAAAACCUAUGUUUGUUGCUAUAAUAUCAAGUUGUUUUUAAUUACGCACAGAAAUUAAUGUGAAAUAAAUGUUGUUGUCAAUGUACCCUGAACUCAGGUUUGCCAUCAGAGUUAAUUUAUGUUUAAUUGAAUUAGUGAUACCGUUCCGUUGCGCACAAGGAAAGUAAUUUAAGCAGUCACAAAACUACUUAAGACUACGGUUUAUGUCUUAAACCUCAGCAGUGCCAAAUUAUAAGACAUGAUGUAGUCAAGUAGAUAAAGAUUUUGCUGGCAGAUGAAAUCUUAGACAAAAGAGUUUAUUAUGAUAAACAAAUGAAUGAGCUAUGUCUAUUUAUUUAAUUAAGCGAUACUUAAUAAAAAGAGGCUCAAAACAUAUCAAAUCUAUUUUCCAGAAAGUUAUGUUAUCUUAUGAUUUGUCCACAAUCAUAUUAGUGAAACUUGCUCACAGUGUAUCAAAUAAGCAUGCACUGGGUGGGUUUUGAAUGUAACAAAUAUGGCAGUCACAAAUUUUCUGGAAUGUUGAUGUAACAACUUGUGCUGUUGGUCAGCCUAUUGGUGGCAAAGCAAGGAAGCGCCCAUGUUGUGAUUAGCUGUUGAUAUCACAUGCAUGAUUGUAACAAUGUAACAAUGUGUGGUCAAUUUAUAUCUGUAAGAGUCUCUAAUGAUUUGAUACAAUUUUGUCGUUCAAAGUAAAUUUGUUGCCAUAGAGUGUUGAUUUUGUAUGAUACAAAAGUUUCCUAAGCAACCUUUGUAAACAGUUACAAAGCUAAUCAGUUGGUUGAGUAACUUUUGUAUUGAGUAUUCUUAUUACCUGGAUGUAUAAUAUUGUUCAACCUUGUGGUGAUGACGUUUGCAUGUCAGUGUGUUUGUUACUGCCAUUCGCAUAAGACUGACUGUCUCAAUUGCCACUUUUUGAUUGAACAUGUCCGUUAAUUCAUCUUAACAAAUUAAAGUCGAGAAUUCCUGUUUUACAAAA